AUGGCAGCCAAGCGACCGGGUGCCAUUGAGCUCCAAGAACGCGUCUCGUACGUCUCGGCAACCCAAGACAAGGCCGCUGGCGAAGACUACGGCGACGUCAAGACCCCCGGUGAGCUCGAGGGCGGUGCCCUCCGCGCGGGUGGCGCCCCCGACUAUAUGAGCCGCGAAGUCAUUGGUCUCCUCGCGCAGUACGUGGCCGUCGGCUUCAUUUACGGCACGCUGCCGUCGCUUCUGUACCCGGUCAUCACGGGCUACUACCACAUGACGGGCGCGCAGUACAACUCGGCCAAGACGCUUCUCGGCAUCGGCUGGUCGCUCAAGGCCUUCAUCGGUAUGAUCUCGGACUGCGUGCCCAUCAAGGGCUACCGCCGCAAGUCGUGGAUGAUGAUCGGCUGGACGUGCUGCCUCUGCUUCCUCCUCGUCAUCACGUUCAUCGACAAGGACCUCCCGUACUACAGCGACCCGAGUGUCGCUGAAACCCCGGCCUUUGAGCGCACGGACGCGCAGAACGCGACGGUCAACUACAACGCCAAGGACAAGGGCGGUGUCAUGGCUAUCCUCUUUGGUCUCGCGACGAUCUCGUACCUCUUUGCCGACGUCCCGGCCGACGCCUUGGUCGUCGAGUACGCCCAGCGCGAGCCGAUCGCAACCCGUGGCCGCAUGCAGUCGCUCGUCUACGCCACGCGCACCAUCUGCACGACCAUUGUCGGCGCCAUUGUCGGUUUUUGCAUGAACUCGCCUCGCUUUGCCGGUUCGUACACGUGGGACUUUGGCCUCAACACGAUGUACAUCAUCCUCUGCGUGCCGUGCAUCGCGAUGCUCCCGAUCACGUACUUCUUCAUCAAGGACCACAAGGUGGUCGCGGCGCCGUUCUCCGAGUACCUCGCGCAGGUCUGGCAACUCGUCCAGAAGCGUGCGAUGUGGCAGAUCAUGCUCUUCAACUUCUUCUACAACCUCUUUGGCGGCGGCUUCUCGUCGACGGCCGCGCCGUACGUCCAGCUUGUGUGGGCCAAGGUCGAGAACCUCAACAGCCAGAUCAUGGGUAUUGUCUCCAACCUCAUUUUCGCCGCGAUCAUCACGGCCAUCGGUCGCUGGGGCACCAACUGGAACUGGCGCAUCGUUGUCGUCUCGACCACGCUGUCCACGAUCGCGAUCGACAUCAUCGUGCAGUACUGCACCAUCUAUAACAUCAUCCGCAACCAGUGGUUCUACCUCGGUGUGCCCAUCGUCGAGAUGCUGCCGCAAGGCGUUCUCUUCAUCGUCACGACGUUCGUCAUUGUCGAGCUCGCCGAGAUCGGCAACGAAGGCAUCGUGUACGGCCUCCUCACGACGGUCUCGAACCUCCCAGCGGCUGUCGGGCCAGUGCUUGCCAACUUGAUUUACUCCAACUUCCGAGUCGACGAGGACUCGAUCACCUCGGACACCGACGACGCGCGCAACCAAGUCGCGUACACGUACAUGAUCUACUACUCGGGCUUCAUCAUCGCGGCCUGCACGUCCUACUUUCUCCCAUCGCAGAAGCUUCAGCUGCACGAGCUCCAGCGCAACGGCGGCAGCUACCCUAUUAUCGGCGGCGCAGUCCUCAUCUUCUGCUUCUGCAUGCUUGUCUACUCGAUCACGUGCAGCAUCCUCUCGAUGUUUGCUUCGACGUCGUGCUUGGUCAUUGCUGGCGGUGAUGGCUGCUAAGCUUUCUUCUGUUUAGCUCUGAGCUUUGCCGUGUAAAGUCCUAGAGCCUAAUGUAGUGUCAUGUGUUUACUUGCAUUUUAACGAC